CGUUGGUAAUGUUUUAGAAUGAAUAUUGUAAAAGGCAUGUUCCAUAUUUUAGAAAUGUUCUUCCAUGAAAGUUAAAGAUAACAGUGAUAAAUCUAAUAACUCCUAUAAGCAAUACAAAAUAGAUAGUUUGGCAAACACGGAACCCUGACAAACCAGAGGUAGGAUUAGGUGCCUUGGAGGAGUAAGCAUAUAAGUUUAACGGAAAAAAGAAAACAAGUUUGAUUAUUUUCCCUCUAAGCAAAAUAGAAAGGUCAAAUCAACUCCAUUUUACAGAACCACAGUGGAGUCAAGAUAUUCACAACAAACAUGCUUUUUUUCGAAUUGUACGAUAGCGAUUGUUUUCUUCAAGAUGACAAACUUCUGGUUACAUUGUAUUCGGUAAACCUUUCCGAUUUAGUCACAUCUGGUUGGCCAGAUAUGUUGCUUCUUAUUUCUGCUUUUUAUAUCUCUUAUUCUAUCUAUGUAUGACUUUUGUCCUCCUGUUGCAAGACAUAUAUGUUUACUACUUUUCUUUACGAGGAGGAGAUGCACGAAAUAUGGCUCCAUGAAGAUUUCAUUGUAGGAACGCCAGACAUUCUAUGACUUCUAUAUCUGUGCAGACUGAGGACGUCCACGUUGUGAAUGAGGGAUGUCAUAAUGCAGUUUAUACGGAUAUUUCAAAUUUACAAGAGGAAGAGUCCAACAAUGAUGAUACCUCAAUCAACUCAAACAUUCUUGAUCCAGAGAUGUAUUUUGGUAUCGAUCCGAUUAUACCCGAUGUAUACAAUUAUGCAAGGUCCGAGGAGGAACAGCAGAGUGAUGUUUACAACAUUCUUAAAGGAUCUGAAGAGCGAAUGUUGAAGAUGGAAAGAGCAAACAAUAUUCAAAAUGAAAAUAUCUUAAGUGAUACGUUAUUUGCAACGGAUGAAGAGUCACCCCUUACAGAAAACCAAACAGAAGACAUGCACUUAUACUUCUGUUUGGAUAAGAUAGAAGAUGUCACAUUGUUUAACGAAACACCUUGUUAAAGGACUACAUUUGGAGUUGGACUAACAUCCAUCUCUCUAAAAUGAAUAUGAAGUACUUAAAACAAUAUUUACGUUAUUCUGAUGAUCUGCAAAUGUUUUGUUUUGUUUUGUCUUGUUUCAUUUGUUUAACAUUUUUUUUGAUAUUUUAUUUACUCAUAUAAACACGAUAACAGGUACAGGUUUAGUGCCAUAGAUUUAGACUUGCGGAUGAUCACCAGGGUUGAAAAAAUCAGGGUUCGUAAUAUUAUCAACGGUACAUAGAGCCUUGGCUUUGAUGUCUCAUCCGAAAGACCCCCGAUUAGUGUUCUCACUUAUAAAUUCCGAUCGGUUGGCAAAGGAACAAGCACUACCUAGAGACAAUUACUUCUAUCUUCAUUUGAAAUUCUAUAUGUACCCAGAAAAAAUAGUGGUAUCAAAAUGCAUAUUUUUAAACAUGUUUUACUUGCAUCAAAUCAAAAUCACUUGCAAAGUAUCACACACAUGCGUUCCCUGCGUACA